AUGGUGUCUUUUAAUACCCAGUAUAUCAGCGUCGGGGGCAAUAGGCACCCCGCCGCAGCUGAUUGGGACCAGCUGUCAGGCCUUGUCGCGUAUGGAGCCCAUGAUAAUGUCGCGCUUUGGGAUCCUGCUGAUCCAUAUCAUCGUGGAGUGCAUGCGCUUCUAGUAGGCCAUACCGACAAAGUGAAUGCCAUCCGCUUUUGUACGCCAUUGAACGGCGACUCCAAAACGCCAUUGCUCAUUUCGGGCUCAACUGAUCGAAAUAUAAAGAUAUGGAGGCCCGAUACCAAUUUCCGCACCUUUACACUAGCUACCACACUCCAGGGCCACGAAAACUCUAUAAAUUGCAUUGCUUGCGCGAGAGGGUCUGAUAUUUUUGUGUCCGGUGCUGCGGAUGGGACAAUAAAGACCUGGGCUAUUGAUACAAAGGGUUUAGAGACGGUCUCAGCUAGUCUACUGGAUACUAUCACCCUCAAACCCCAUUACUUCCCUCUUGCAUUGGCAUUAAGGAAGCUAGAUGGGGGACAGCUUGUGCUUGCUGUAGGUGGAACAAGAAGCAUUGUACAGAUCUUUGUCGCACAGAAUUCAUCAAAGUUUGAACUGAAAGCUACAUUGACUGGACAUGAGGGUUGGAUAAGGGCUCUUGCUUUUACUGAUGUUAACCUUCCUGGAAGCGAAGAUUUUCUCCUUGCCUCUGCUAGCCAGGACAAGUACAUUCGUCUAUGGAGAGUCCAUCCAGGUAACACAGCUAGCUCAGUAUCUACAAGUGCUGAAGGCCCGAUACUAGGAGCUGUGGACCAUACUUUAUCGAAUAAGGCACACUCUUUUGAAGUCGCUGGAACGAAGUACUCCAUCACCUUUGAAGCCUUACUCUUUGGCCAUGAAGAUUGGAUAUAUUCAAUCGCAUGGAAUCCGAAUUCCCAAAGGCCUCAGUUAAUGUCCUCAUCAGCUGACAAUUCUUUGGUAAUAUGGGAGUGUGACGCUGUGUCAGGUGUUUGGUUUUCAGGCUCAAGAAUGGGAGAAAUCAGCGUCCAGAAAGGAUCUACCACGGCAACCGGCAGCGCUGGGGGUUUUUGGAUUGGGCUUUGGUCCCCGGAUGGGAAUAGGGUCAUAUGCCUGGGACGUACUGGAAGUUGGAGAUCCUGGGAGUAUAAAAGCGACGCGGACGCAUGGGCUCAGGUUUUGGGUAUUACAGGGCAUGUGAAAUCAGUUAACGAUGUUGUCUGGGAACCAAGUGGAGGGUACUUGUUGUCAACAAGUGGCGAUCAGACAACAAGACUGCAUGCACCUUGGCAACAUAACAGCCAUAGCUCCUGGCAUGAAUUCUCGAGACCUCAAAUUCAUGGAUAUGAUCUAAAUUGUCUAGCAUCUCUUGGGCCUCGGAGGUUUGUGUCUGGCGCAGAUGAAAAGCUCCUGAGAGUUUUUAGCGAGACAAAGUCAAUAGCACUGCUGCUGGAACAGCUGUCUGGCUUCAAGCAAGCAUCGCAAGAUGAAAUGGCCGAAGCCGCAAAUAUACCAGUUCUAGGGCUCUCAAACAAGGCUGUGGAUGAAUCAGAUAUGAACAGUGAGAAUGAAAAUGAAACAAACGGAAUGGAGGGCGAGGCGCCUCGACCAGUUAUCCAGCUCGAUCUCCAUCGGCCUCCUCUGGAAGAUCACUUAGCCAGGCAUACACUCUGGCCCGAACACGAGAAGCUCUACGGCCAUGGUUACGAAAUCUCAGCUGUUGCCGCAAGCAACGACCGGCUCCUUAUAGCAACUGCAUGCAAAGCUAGCUCAAUAGACCACGCCGUGAUUCGCUUAUACAACGCUGAAACAUGGCGUGAAAUUCGCCCACCACUUACCGCUCACUCAUUAACAAUUACUUCUCUUCAAUUUUCUAGCGACGAUCAAUUCCUUCUAAGCGUUGGGCGUGAUCGUCAAUGGGCGAUAUUUAAACGGGAUGUGUCCGAUAAAAUGGCGUACAAACUCUGGACUUCGAACCUCAAGGCGCAUUCACGGAUGAUACUUAGUGCAAAUUGGGCGCCGCAUCCAACAGGGGUUUUUGCAACUGCCGGGAGAGAUAGAUCAGUGAAAAUAUGGGCUCGCGAAGAAACCACUUUCGUUUGCAAGUGCACUAUUGCCAUUCCUCAUCCCGUCACGGCAAUCGAUUUCCUACCGAAAAUUGUGGAGGGUCGGUUAUGUCUGGCUAUUGGAGAUGAUACUGGGAGAGUAAUGCUGCAUGAAAUUUCCUCCGAUAGUUUCACACCUGGAAAGAGCGCAGAAAUACCAAAGUCUGAGAGCCCGUCGAGGGCAAUCACACGACUAUCAUGGCGGCCGAUUUCUAUAGCGAAUGAAGACUCCAAAACAGACUUAUACCAGAUAGCUGUUGCUAGCGAAGAUUCUUCCGUCCGUGUAUAUGAUGUUUGGGGUUUUCCACGAUAG